CUUUCCACUCUCUGUCUGAUGUGUCACCGGCAAGUCGGCACUGGUCUAUUUGUGUGCGUGUUGCACGUAUGUGGGACUAUUGUGGAACACGAGAUGGACAGCCUCCAAUACAUGUUGACCUUGUGUUGGUGGAUGAGAAGGGUAACCAUAUUUAUGCUGAAAUUCCUGGAAAUGAAGCAACCAAGUUCAAACAGCUUGUUGAAGAACAAAAAGUUUAUUGCUUCAAGAAAUUCUUGGUUGUUCCAAGCAAAGCUUCUUACAAGCCAUUCCCUGCCAAGUACAUGAUUAGGUUCACACCAUGGACCACUGUUGUGCAUACGGAGGAUAUUCAUCCAGAGUUCCCUAUGUAUGUCUACAAGCUAAUGCCAUUUUCCGAACUUCCAUCGCGUGUUGGUGCUCAGGAUUUCUUUGUUGAUGUCAUUGGCCAGAUUGUUGGUGUGUCACAACUAGCGCACGUACGCAUGCCUACAAACACAACUGACACUCCAAAGCGAGUUAUUGCUCUCAGAGAUAACAGGAACACUGAAAUGAAAAUCGUUCUUUGGGGACAAAGGGCUGUUGAAUUUGAAGCACAACUUGUUUAUGACAAUGGACAAAACUCACCUGUUAUUGGUAUUUUUGUUGGUCUUCUGAUGAAGUCUUACAAUAAUGAUGAAACUCUGAGCGGAGGAUCUGCAUGUAGAUGGUAUCUAAACGAGGACAUUCCUGAGAUAGAUGACUGCUUUGAAAGGUUGGGUGAUGAUUUCCCAAAAAUUCAAUGGAUAUCGAAUGGUGCUGAGAAGUUUGCCGUAAAACGCAACCGAGGUGACCUCCCACACAAAAGUGUUGACGAGCUGCGAAACAUGGAUCCAUGGGAAACAGAGAACACGGAUUUUCUUUGCACUGUCACAAUUACAAAGGUGAUGCCUGAGCAACCAUGGUGGUUCCAAUCAUGCUCUAAGUGCCACCGUUCUGCUACCUCUUAUGGCUCGGAGUUCAGAUGCAGUGCAGGAUGUGUCUCAACGAAAGCUUACCCAAAAUUCCGUCUUUUUUUAGAAGGAACAGAUGGCACAGGCGCAGCAGAGUUUGUCUUUUUUAACCGAGUUGCACAACAACUUGUUGGAAAAUCUGUAAUGGCACUCCUAAGGUCAUCUGGACUUCCUCGUGAAAUUGCUGCAGUUGUGUCUCAGAAAUACACCCUUGCUGUCUCGGUGACGCAGAAGAGCCUCUCACAGAGAAACAUUUCAUUCCAAGUCAAUGGCAUUGAGACCUUUCUUGGGAGGCAGAACUCUAUCCCACAUGAUACUCGUGCUCCUGCGGUGAUGCCCGUAGCGACCCCAAGUGGAUCUUCAAGAGAUCAUGCGCUUACUCUUUCCACCAAAGACAACUCUGUAGACACCAUCCCCGAGCUCCCCAUAGUGGCUGAAAAAGAAAUAAAAAAGACAAGUGCAUCACGCGUGCCACUUCGUCAUCUCCUGAAGAGAAAGGCUACUGAUGGCUUUGUUGGAGUAGAGUCGUCAACCGAGUUUACUCCAAAUGAUGCUUCAAGUGAUGGAACUGCACUACUGCCAAUUACACUUCCCAUGCACAAGGACAAGAACUUGGAGGUAGAAAGCACAAAUGAACAAAAGAGGAACAAGGACAAGAACUUGGAGGUACAAAGCAAAACACUUAAGAGCGUUGCAUGUGCCCCUCUUUUAACCCUGCAUCUAGCACAACACUGCAGUCCUCCAUCCAGCAGUGCUGAAGAGCUUACAGUUGUAUCCCCAAGUUCCGCUGACGAUCCUACCCCUCCUAAGAAAUCUAGCGCUGAAGAGCUUACACUUGUGUCCCCAACUUCCGCUGACGAUCCUACCCCUCCUAAGAAAUCUAAAAUGGACAACACUGUUGUCUCUCCUUCUGACACUGGGAAGAGCCGCCGAAGGCCGGUGGCUGCCAACAAAGAAAAUUAAGAAAAAGUGAAUAAAACUAAUAGUGACAAAGGCUUCAUGAGGACUUCCAUCAGUCUGUUGGGUAGUUCACGUUCAUCAUACAUAAG